AUGAGUGGACGUGGUAAAGGAGGCAAAGGUCUUGGAAAGGGAGGCGCAAAGCGUCACCGAAAAAUCUUAAGAGAUAACAUCCAAGGUAUCACCAAACCAGCAAUUCGUCGUUUGGCUCGCCGUGGUGGUGUUAAGCGUAUCUCUGGUUUAAUCUACGAGGAAACUCGAGGUGUCCUCAAAGUUUUCUUGGAAAACGUAAUUCGCGAUGCUGUUACUUACACCGAGCACGCCAAGAGAAAGACUGUCACCGCUAUGGAUGUCGUCUAUGCUUUGAAACGCCAAGGACGUACCUUGUAUGGCUUUGGUGGUUAA